UUAAAAUCAAUCCACACAUUUUUUAUGUUUUCCAUUGCUCGUUUUUGUUUCUCUUUUGUUAAAAUUACUAUCUAUUUGGUACAAAUAAAAAAAAUUUGAUGAUGAGUGAAGAAGUAAUUGACAAGAACACUUCCUUGUCAAGUCUUAGUUACCCAAAGCACAUACCAGAGAUUAAGUUCGGUCCUAUCAAGGACGAAAUGGGUUUCACGCUCAGCGAAAGAUUAGCCCUCAGACAGGCGUGGAACUUGGUCAGACCCUUUGAGCGGCGCUACGGUCAGGACGUAUUCUAUAGCUUCUUAAAUGAUUACUAUUGGGGUAUUAAGAAGUUCCGGAACGGAGCUGAGCUCAACGUGAAAGCCCUGCACUUGCAUGCCCUGCGAUUUAUCAACUUUUUUGGACUUCUAAUCGAGGAGAAGGAUCCAGUAGUGUUCCAGCUGAUGAUAAACGACAACAACCACACUCACAGUCGCUGCCAAGUGAGCUCCGUUUAUAUUGGGCAUCUGGCCCAGGCCCUGGUGGACUAUGUGCUGAAGGUGUUCCACAAGGUGAGCUCCCCCUCGCUGGAACGGGGUUUGAGCAAACUCGUGGAGAAGUUCCAGAACUACCAGGACCAGCAGUCGAAUACCUCCGGAUACAAUCGCCUGAGCAAGGUCAAUUUUGAGUCACGACCGCCCAGAGGCAACCCAUAGGAAGCCCAAAGGAACCUCAGUGGAAACCAACCGGAAUCCCAUAGGAAACCCAAAGGAAACCAAGUGGUAGUCCAGGCCAUGAAUCGGAUUUGGAAUUAUAUCGGACUGCGCCAUUCUGCCGCUGUCUCUGCCGCAGCCACUGC